AUGUUUCCAACACCAACGCUGGCAAUCCGGGACGAUGGUGACGAUGAUCCUCCGAGAACAGAUUGCACCAGUGCGGUGCCUGGACCAAACGGAGCCGUUCCCUGGGACGCUUGCAACUCUAACUACAACUUCCAUCCCGAGUUAACGCCCGCUAUUGCAACGGCUUCGAUAUUUGGUGUUUUGACGUUGGUUCAUCUAGUCGAAGCGAUAUGGUACCGAAAGCCUUUCACAUGGACGGUUCUUAUGGCGGCAAGCUGGGAAAUGGGCGCAUUCAUUCUGCAUGCAUACGGCUCGCAAGAUCAACAAGCUCAGGGGUACGCCACAGGUCAUCAGGUGCUAUUCCUGUUGGCUCCUGUAUGGCUGAACGCCUUUGUGUACAUGACCUUUGCACGAAUGGUCUACUUCUUUCGACCAGGCGGAGAACCUCAAGUUUCCUACAUUCCGGCAAGAUGGCUCGGCCGCAUCUUCGUCGUUGCCGAUAUCGCCACCUUCAUCGUGCAGGCCACAGGAGGUGUGAUGGCUGGUCCGACGGUUGAACCUAACACCAGAGCAAAGGGUGUCAAGAUCUAUAUCAUCGGCAUGGGUGUCCAGGAGGGGUUCAUCGUGGUGUUUUUGAUGUUGAUGGCUCGCUUCCACUAUCGCGCCAUACAAAUGAAUAAGAACGACGUUUACGGACUGGAAGGUGGCUCAUACGAACGCGAGGAUGAAGAAGGCUACAUGCCGCGACGAACCUGGAAGGCCCUUCAAUUCGCGCUUUAUGCAGCCUUGCUUGCGAUCACGGCGCGUAUUAUCUUCCGCCUCGUCGAGUUCACCGGAGGCAUGACUCCUGAAGAGAACCCCAUACCCUUCACGGAAGCAUACGCAUAUGCUUUAGACGCCUUCCCCAUGAUACUGGCAUUGCUCAUUCUCGCUAUCAUACAUCCUGGUCGAAUCCUUCAGGGUACGAACAGCGAGUUUCCCAGGAAGGGAUGCCGACAGAAACGCAAGGAGAAGAAGGAGAAAAAGGCGGUCAAGAAGGCAGCGAAAGAGGAACGUAAGGCAGCCAAGGAAGAAAAGAAGAGAAUCAAGAACGACCGAAAAAAGAUGAAGACAUAUGGAGAGGUACCUGAUGCAGAACCGGAUAGCUAUGGAAUGGGGCUGAUUGACGGGCAGAACCACGAGCCCAUGCGAUAUGCAGACUAUGCUAGGUACGCCAGAUGA